AAGGCAACGGUGGGGACGCGUCUUCGUUUCAUCUUCGUUCUUUUCUCUGUUUUGGUUUCUCCGUCUCGACGACGAGAAAGGCGAUUCCUGUGGCUCUCGGUGGCUCUUCUCUCGUCGACUCCUCGGCGACGUCUCCUCUUGAAAAGAUGGAGGAAAAAGGCGACGUAUCUAUCGAUGGCUCUGCUCGAGGAAGGAUGACGGCGAUUUGGGUGGAGAGCUUGAGUCGGUGGCGAUACGGCGACGUCUCAAAUGGUGGGUCUCAUCGACGCAGGGAAGCCACGAUCUGACCAUUGGUGUCUCUCAGACACGCAGAUAAACGCUGCCGAGUGUUAAUCUUGGUUUUGGUUGUUGAUCAAAACUCGGUCCAUGUCUGGAUCAAGACGCACGAUCCAGGUUCAAGAGGAAGAUAAACGGCGUCUGUUGGUCAGGCUUAUGAAACGUCGGGAGAUUGAUGGAUGAAGACGCGUGAUCCAGGUCAGAACAAAGGCGUACUCUUGUUGAUAGAGUCAUCAAACUUUGUUGGACUACUUACUAGCCAACACAGUAUUUCCUUUGGUUCAUCUCAAGUUCCAACUCCAGUCUCUGAGGAUGUUGGUGAGCGUCGGGAACGAAGGAAGUGGACGCCCAGUGAUGAUAUUCUGCUGAUCAGCUCGUGGCUCAACACGAGCAAAGAUCCAAUUGUUGGCAACGAGCAAAGGUCAGGCACAUUCUGGACGAGAAUUGCAGCGUACUAUGCCGCUAGUCAGAAGGUUGCUGGCUGCAAAGAGAGAGAGGCUGGUCACUGUAAACAACGCUGGCAUAGGAUCAACGACUUGGUCUGCAAAUUCUGUGGCUCCUACGAAGCUGCUAAAAGAGAGAAGACUAGUGGCUGCAAUGAGAAUGAUGUGCUCAAAAAAGCACAUAAAAUAUUCUACAAUAACUAUAACAAGAAAUUUAAUCUCGAGCACGCUUGGAAAGAGCUGAGGAACGACCAGAAGUGGAGUGACCAAUCUUCUGCAAAAAACGAGGGAAACUCUAGCAAGAGGAAGGGUGAUGAUGGUGGAGAAACAUCGAACUCCCAAGGUACUGAACCCAAGCGUCCCGCGGGUGUUAAGGCGUCAAAGGCCUCUGGGAAGAAGAAUAUGGUGGAGGAGAAAGCGCUUAAAGAGUUUGAAAGUAUGUGGGCUAUUAAGCAACAGGACUUGGCCGCCAAGGAUAAGUUGUCGAGGAUGAGACUACUUGAAUCUCUGGUUUCAAAAACGGAGCCUUUAGCCGAGUAUGAAGAAGCCUUAAAGAAGAAGAUCGUCAGUGACAUUAUGUUUAAUUAGCGUAGGUCAGGACAGUGUGAAAAGAUGGAGCAAUGGGAGUGGAAUAAUCACGGAGUCUCUGUGGUCUUGCGGUCUUGGCAUCUUGUGUCACGGAGUGAAAGUGUAGUAGGUCUUGCGGUCUUGGAGUCUUGUGGUCUUGAAGUCUUGUUGUCUUGGAGUCUAGUGGUCUUGGAGUGUUGUAGUACUUGUAGUACUUGUGUCACGGAGUAAAAGUUUCUAGUGGAGUCUAGUAGUCUUGUAGUGUUGUUGUAGUCUUCUACUACUUGUGUCACGGGUAUUGUAUCAGACUUUGGUCCCAAUCUCUAUAUAUUAAGUCAUGUUGCGAAACCCCAACAUAUCCUCAUAAUCUAUUCCGACGACGCUUUCGAAUGAACAAGGGAUUGUUCAUGCGUAUCGUUAAUCGACUCUCCAAUGAAGUUGAAUUCUUUCAACAAAAGAGAGAUGCUCUCUGCAGGCUUAGUCUCUCUCCACUUCAAAAGAGUACAGCAGCCAUUCGUGUUUUGGCAUAUGGUAAUGCGGCUGAUGGGGUCGACGAAUACCUCCGUCUCGGUGCAUCUACUACUCUCUCAUGUUUGGAAAAUUUUGUGGACGGAAUAAUUUCUUUAUUCAGCGAAGAGUACCUAAGAAGACCAACACCUGCCGAUCUUCAACGUCUACUUGAUAUUGGUGAGUAUCGUGGCUUUCCCGGGAUGAUAGGAAGCAUCGAUUGUAUGCAUUGGGAAUGGAAAAAUUGUCCCACCGCUUGGAAAGGGCAAUAUUCUCGGGGUUCGGGCAAACCAACAAUCGUUUUAGAGGCGGUUGCUUCAUAUGAUCUCUGGAUAUGGCAUGCGUUUUUCGGACCGCCAGGUACCUUAAAUGAUAUCAAUGUUCUUGAUCGCUCACCUGUUUUUGAUGACGUAAUCCAAGGUCAAGCUCCGCAAGUGACAUACUAUGUCAAUGGAAGAGAGUAUCGUAUGGGUUACUAUCUCAUCGAUGGUAUUUAUCCGAAAUGGUCAACAUUUAUCCAAUCAAUUCCAUUACCACAAAGUCCGCAAGCAGUUUUAUUUGCUCAACAA